GAUACUAUUUUUCAUUUUGUUCUUAGAGUUAUUGUCUUAUAUUUGUAUUUACAUGUUUUCCCAAGUCCCUAUUACUAAUUCAGCCCCAAACUCUCUACCUCUUCAGCUAACACGUGAAGCAUCCCAUUGUUUGUAUAGUGUCCAUCCACUGAAGCCUGAAGCCACUUGUUCCCAUUUUGGAUAGUGAUCCUCUAGGCCUGCCCCACAGCUGUCGUUCUGGGGUCCCAUCCAGAGGACUGUGUUGGCUUCUUUUUUUUUAAUUUAAAUUUUAGUUAGUCAGCAUACAGUGCAAUAUUGGUUUCAGGGGUAGAAUUCAUCACUUACAUACAACAUGCAGUACUCAUCACAGGUGCCCUGCUUAAUCUCCAUCACCCAUCUAGCCCAUCUCCUACUCAUCUGCCUCCAUCAACCCUCAGUUUGUUCUCUACAGUUAAGGGUCUCUUGUGGUUUGUUUCUCUCUCUUCUCUUCCCCUCCUUCCCAUAUGUUCUUCUGUUUUUUUCCUUAAAUUCCACAUCUGAGGGAAAUCAUAGGUAUUUGUCUUUCACUGAUUGACUUAUUUCACUUAGCGUAAUACAUUCUAGCUCCAUCUACGACAUUGCAAAUGGCAAGAGUUCAUUCUUUUUGAUGGCUGAGUAAUAUUCCAUUACAUAUAUGUAUACAUAUACAUAUAUAUAUUUAAAUAUUUUUUUUACUGUUUAUUCAUUUUUUUGAUAGAGACAGAGAGUGAGUGGGGGAGGGGAAGAGAGAGAGGGAGACAGAAUCUGAAGCAAGCUCCAGGCUCUGAACUAACAGCACAGAGCCCGACAUGGGGCUUGAACUCAUGGACCAUGACAUCAUGACCUGAGCUGAAGUCGGACACAACCGACUGAGACACCCACGCGCCCCUAUAUAUAUAUAUCUUCUUAAUCCGUUCAUCAGCUGAUGGACAUUUGGGCUCUCUCCAUAGUUUGGCUAUUGUUGAUCAUAUUGCUAUAAUCAUUGGGGUGCAUGUAGCCCUUCAAAUCUGUAUUUUUGUAUCCUUUGGGUAAAUACCUAAUAGUGCGAUUGCUGGAUCAUAGGGUAGUUCUAUAUUUAGUUUCUUGAGGAAACUCCCUACUGUUCUCCAGUGUGGCUGCACUAGUUUGCAUUGCUACCAACAGUGCAAGAGGGUUCCCCUUUCUCCACAUCCUCACCAACACCUGUUGUAUCUUGUUAAUUUUAGUCAUGCUGACAGGAGUGAGUUGCUAUCUCAUCAUGGUUUUGAUUUGUAUUUCCCUGAUGAUGUUUCCCUGAUGAUGAGUGAUGUUGAGCAUCUUUUCAUGUGUCUGUUAGCCAUCUGUGUGUCUUCUUUGGAAAAAGGUCUAUUCAUGUCUUCUGCCCAUUUCUUAACUGGGGUUGUUUGUAUUUUGGGGGUUGGGUUUGAUAAGUUCUUUACAGAUUUUGAGUACUAACCGUUUAUCAGGUAUGUCAUUUGUAAAUUUCUUACCCAUUUGGUAGGCUGCCUUUUAGUUUUGUUGAUUGUUUCCUUCGCUGUGCAGAAGCUCUUUAUCUUGGUGAAAUCCUGAUAGUUCAUGUUUGGUUUUGUUGCCCUUAUCUCCAGCAAUGUGUCUAGUAAGAAGAUGCUACAGUUGUGGUCAAAGACGUUGCUGCCUGUGUUCUCCUCUAGAAUUUUUAUGUUUUCCUGUUUCACAUUUAGGACUUUCAUCCAUUUUUAAUUUAUUUUUGUUUAUGGUGUAAGAAGUUUCAUUCUACUGCAUGCUGCCAUCCAAUUUUCCCAGCACCAUUUGUUGAAGAGAUUGUCUUUUUUUUCCAUUGGAUAUUCUUUCCUGCUUUCUCGAAGGGUAGGAAAAGGACCUGUGCUGAGAAGAUGAGUCUCAAGGUUGAUUUGGAAACAAACUUUGCCGAAUGUGUCUUAAAUGCAGGAAAGAUCAUCCUUGGGGAUACACAAAGGAAAGAAAUGAAUCCUGAAUUGCGGAAAAAACAGAGGAAAAACAUCUUGAAAGCAAUAUGUGCUCUGCUGAAUUCUGGUGGCGGAGUGGUCAAGGCUGAGAUUGAGAACAAAGACUACAAUUAUGAAAUCCAUGGAGUAGGCCUGAUGAUGCCUUCAAUUUUUAAAGGCUAUUUAGAUGAGAUGCAGCAGGGAGAACUCUUUUUGAUUUUUGUGAGAUCCUGGAACGCAGAUGCCUCUGGUGUACGAAUCGCUACCUUGUGCUCCAAUUUGUGCUAUAGAUACAGAGCAUCUACUGAUGUCAUGGAUUCUAAGGAAGCAUUGGCAUUCCUCAAAGGGAAAACUCAGACUCUUAGGAAUACUGAUUCCAGUUCAUUAAGUCCACACAAAGUUCAGGUUGGUGUGCGAAACGAGUAUAACAUAAGGGCCUCAGCUGCUGCUGUAUUCGCUAGAACUCAGCUUCAGUACCUAGAAAAGCUCAACUUUACUAAUUCCCUCCACGUUGAAUUUAAAAUGUUCUCAACAGAGGAGUCACAGUGCUUUCACCAGAGUCUCCCCAGUUGUGUUUCUGCAUUUGCAAACACUGAAGGAGGGUAUAUAUUUUUUGGUGUGCAUGAUGAGACCCAUGAAGUCAUUGGAUGUGAAAAGGAGAAAAUAGAUCUUGACAUGUUGAAGGCUUGUAUUGAUUCCUGUAUUAGGAAUCUCCCUGUCCAUCAUUUCUGUACACAGAAGCAUGAGAUAAAAUAUGCUGUCAAAUUCCUUGAAGUACACAAUCAGGGGACCCUUCAUGGAUAUGUCUGUGCAGUCAAGGUGGAACAAUUUUGCUGUGCAGUGUUUUCCAAGAUGCCCAGUUCCUGGCAGGUGAAGGACAAUUGUGUGAAACAGCUGGACGCAAAGCAAUGGAUAGCUUGGAUGAUGGAAGCCGACCCAGAUCUUUCCAGAUUUUCUGAGAUGGUCCUUGCAUUGAGUUUGUCAUCCACUACACCCCGCAGCAGGACUGUGUGCACUCAUAAGAAUUUUGAAUGUCUGGAAGCACAGCAAAAACGUUACUUUCCAGUAUUACCAGACAGAAUGGUGUAUACACCAGAAAGCAUCUACAAGGAGCUGUUCUCAACACAUAAAGGACUCAAAAACUUAAUAAAUAAGGAAAUGCGCUCUUUCUCUCAAGGAAUAUUGAUAUUCUCUCGAAGCUGGGCUGUGGACGUGGGUCUGCAAGAGAAGCAGGGAGUCAUCUGUGAUGCUCUUCUGCUUUCCCAGAACAACACCCCACGCCUCUACACUAUCCUCAGUGAGUGUGACCCAAGCUGGAAGGGCAACUCUAGGACAGUCGCCCGCGUCUUAAAACAGACGCUGGUGAACACAGGUGGCUACACUGGGAAAUUGUGUGUCACUCCCUUGAUCUUCCUACUGAAUCCUGAUAAUACAGCAACGACUCUUCAUGAUUUGGAUUUGCAAAUUUACCCCAACUCCUAUAACCUUAGGACCACCCAGCACAUGGAAGCUCUGUUACGGUCCCUUGUGAUAGUCUUGCUCGGAUUCCGAUCUUUCUUAAGUGAAGAGCUGGGCUCUGAGGUUUUCAGCCUCCUCACAGAUAAACAGUAUGAGUUGCUUUCAAAGAACAUUCGCAUGACUAGAGAGCUGUUUGUUCAUGGCUUACCUGGAUCAGGGAAGACCAUCCUGGCUCUUAGGAUAAUGGAGAAGAUCAGGAAUGUGUUUCACUGUCAACCAGAUGAUAUUCUUUACAUCUGUGAAAAUCAGCCUCUGAAGAAUUUUGUGAGCCAGAGACAUGUCUGCCAGGCAGUGACCCGGAAAACCUUCAUGAAAAAUGACUUCCAAAAGAUUAAGCACAUCAUCAUCGAUGAAGCUCAGAAUUUUCGCACUGAGGAUGGAGACUGGUAUGAGAAGGCAAAAGCCAUCACUCAGAGAAAAAAGGAUUGCCCAGGAAUUCUCUGGAUCUUUCUAGACUACUUUCAGACUACCCACUUGAGCUCCAGUGGCCUCCCUGCUCUCACAGCCCAGUAUCCAAGAGAAGAGCUCACCAGAGUGAUCCGUAAUGCAGAUCCAAUAGCCAAAUACCUACAAGAAGUAAUGCAGGAGGUCAGAGAAAAUCCUCCAUGUAACAUCCCGCCUGCGUCCCUGGAGAUGGUUCAUAAAGCUGAAUGGGCUCAGGGUAUUCCGGGCUACGUGGAGAUUAUGGAGUACUUGGACAUGGAAGAUAUGGUGUUCCAAGUAGCAAAGAAAUGCCACUUUCUCUUUAGGAAUGGUUAUUCUCCCAAGGACAUUGCUGUGCUUUUCAGCAAAGCAAGUGAAGUGGAAAUAUAUAAAGAUAAGCUUCUAAGAGCAAUGAGGAAAAGAAAUACAUCUCAGCUCGAUGGGGAAUCUGAUCUUUUAGUACAGAUCCAAGAUGCAUCGGAUAUCAUGGCCAAUCACAUCGUGUUGGACAGUGUCCGUCGAUUUUCAGGCCUGGAAAGAAACAUCGUGUUUGGGUUCAACCUAACAGCUGAGCCAGAUAUUUUCCAUAAUCUUCUGCUCUGUCUGGCUUCCAGGGCAAAGAAACAUCUCUAUAUUCUGAAGGUUCCUAUUUGACAGGAAGAUCCCAGGCUAAGAAACAAUUAGGUAGCUCUCAUCUCUAGUUAACCAUGAAACUAUUUGAUCUAAACAUUGAAUUAUUGAGUAUUUUAUGAGCACUCACUCUGAGCCAUGUACUCUCCUAGGUGCUGGGGAUCAGGGGUAGGGUAUCAAACUAGGCAGACAAGAUUUCUUCUUUAGGGCAGAGGUAAAUCACAGACAAGUAAACAAAUACAAGUACAAGACAUUUCAGAUAGGGGCACCUGGUUGGCUCAGUCAGUUAAGCCUCCAACUGUUGAUUUUGGCUCAGGUCAUGUUGUCAUGGUUUGUGAGAUGGAGCCCUCCUGUCAGGCUCCAUGAUGACAGCACAGAGCCUGCUUGGGAUUCUCUCUCUCCCUCUCUCUGCCCCUACCUCAUGUUCACUCUCCCCCACUCCUCUCUUUCAAAAUAAAUAAAUAAAUAAAUAUAAAAAAAAGAAAUUUCAGAUAGUAAUUAGGGUCAUCAGAAUAGUAAUUAGAGGGCCCUGAGAUGCAGACAUUGUGUGUGUGUGUGUGUGUGUGUGUGUGUGUGUGUGUGUGUGUUUGAACACGUAGGCAGGUAUAGAGGGAAGAGCUGGUUAUUCAUGGUGGCUGAGGAAGCACUCAAUGAGGGAAGGAGUCACAGGAAUAUCUUUGAGCCAUAUGUGCCAGGCAGACUCAGAUAUUGUGACUUUUAAAAAAAUAUUUUCACUAUUAUCAUGUACUGGGAGAGUAUGAAGGACACAGAGAGGUCAUGUGUCUGGCCUUUUAUGGGCCAGGAAUGGUUGUGGAAUAUUUCAAAAUAUAAGAUCAGAAAGUACAAACUGCAAUUUUUUAGAAACCACAUUACAUGAUUCUUUUCCAUUAAGUUUUUUUAGAUGUUUAUUUAUUUUUGAGAGAGAGAGAGAGCACAGGCUAGGGGCAGAGAGAGAGCUACACACAGCAUCUGAAGCAGGCUCCAGGGUCUGAACUGCCAGCACAGAGCCCGAUGCAGGGCUUGAACUAGUGAACUGUGAGAUUGUGACCUGAGCUGAGGUCCACUGCUUAACCGGCUGAGCCAACCAGGCGUCCCUAUGCCUUUCCAUUUUUAUUCUGUUAGUGAUGGUAGUAAUUCUGAUCACUAUGUUUGAAAACAUUUUGUGUGCCUUUUGGUUAUUUGGGAUCUUGUCUCCUUAGCUCUGCUUUAAUAUUAUUCCCGUGGAGAAAAUAGGUUACUGCAUGAACCUAUUCCCCAGGGAGACACAAUUCCCCAGGGAGACACAUUGUAUUUUAUUUCUUAACUUUAAAAUAAAAGGGCCUUAAGAAGAUGAAUGUACUGGACUUAAAAGGUCCAUUUUGCUUUUAAUUUAAUCUAAUAGCCAAUGAAAUUAUAAAGUAAAUAUACAAUAUUUUUAUUCUGCAGAAUCUUGAGGAUUUCAGCUAGUUUCUCAAAGGCUAUUGCUAUAGAAGAAUUUAGGAAGUCUUUAAAUUCAAUGAAACAAGCCUUGAAAGACAAAGUGAGGAAGCAGCCAAAAGAGACAAAGAGGGAUCUUGCUAAGGACACAGAUUGUGAAACAAUACAGAAUAAAAAAUAAAUUAGAAGCAACAAGAAAUUGAAAA